AAACAAAAGGAAAAAGGCAGCGGCCUACACGCGGUGGUCUUUUUCACAAAAUUCAGGAAUCCCCCUCCAAAGCACCUGGUUUUCUCCGCCGAAUACCGUGGCUUCUAAGAUCCUCCUCCCCUGUUUCAUCCCCCUCGCCCCUUUAUUUAUACCCACCCACACAAUUCUAAACCCCACUCAUCCCCUCGUCUUCUUCUUCCAUCGAUUCAAUCAGAGAAAGAUGUCGAAGAGCGCAGCUUGCAGAGCGUGGUUCGUGGCCGCGAGCAUCGGCGCCGUCGAGGCCUUGAAGGAUCAAGGCGUCUGCCGGUGGAACAACGUCAUCAAAUCUCUCCAACAACACGGAAAGACCAAGUUCAGAUCUUACUACCAAGCCAAGAAGAUCUCUGCUUCCUCUUCUUCAGCCAUUGGCAACCAGAUGAAGAGGUCUCGCGAGGAAAAAGUGAGGAAAGUCAUGGACUUGAGCUGUUUGGGUCCCAGUACCAUCAGAUUCUAGGGAUUUUCCUUAAAAAGUUUUGAUUUGAGUUGGACAUGGGGGGUUGCAGAUUUUUAGAUGCUCAAGGAAGUUGCAAUGUUGUUAUACUAAACCAAAAAAUAAAUUACCCUUAAAUUAGGAUCUAGGAAAUGAUGUACAAAUAGUUUGCAAGUUUCUUCAAUUCCCCAGGUUUGGUUUGGGUUACUUUUGUCCAUGGAUAUUCAAUUUUUCCUUCAUUUUCCUCUCUGCCAAACCGGAGUUGAAAAAUAUAAUAUCCUUUUCGCUA